AUGUCGACCGGAGAAACCUCUACAAAGAAAGGUAACGGAAGAAGAAAGAUAGAGAUGAAGAAAAUUACCAACCCGAGUAGUCUUCAAGUCGCUUUCUCAAAGCGUCGUAGCGGGCUCUUUAAGAAAGUCAACGAGCUUGGCAUCCUCUGUGGCGGAGAGUCUGCUUUCAUCAUCUUCUCACCUAGUGGGAAGGUAUUUUCCUUUGGACACCCCAGCGUAGAUUCUGUCAUCCAACGCUACCUUUCUGAGGCCCCCCAACAAACUUCCAAUGACAUGCGAUACAUUGAGGUUCAAAGGAGUGUCAAUGUGCAAGUUCUCAGUGGACAACUCACUAAAAUCAACAACCACUUGGAAGAUGGCAAGAAGAUCGAUGAAGAGCUGAAUUGUCUACUCAAGGCAGCAUUUGGCCAGUUCGGGUGGGCAUGUCAGGUGGAGGAGAUGGACCUGUCUCAGCUUGUGAGAUUCAAGAGGGCGCUGAAUGAGCUUAAGAAGGAUGUCACUGACCAUGGUAGUGUUGUUGCUGCUACCAACCCACCAACACAUCAAUUUUUUGAUGUUUCUGGUGGUCUUGCCAACAACAUUAUCCCUUUCAAUCACCCACCUCCAACGCUUCCUCAAACGUUUCAAGAACAACUUUUUCAGGGGCCCAUGAUGCAAGCUCAUAAUUUGUUUGGUUCCAAUAGCAUGGGAGGGUAUGGAGGACCCUCUGGAUCCUUCUGA